CAACACUCAAUGCAUUGAAUUGAAUGCAAAAUUCAAACCAAAAGACAAAUUAUUUUUCAUUUUUUCACUUUUAUUCGUGUUUUUGGUUUCAAUUUGAAGACAAUCUUUGGUGCAGAGGAUGAGCGGCGAAGAGGUGAUGACCACUGAUGGCGAGGAAUACAACGCGGAGUUGACUGAUGAGGAAGUGGAGGGAUGGCGCAAGUCGUGGGAGAUCACAGACCACUGGGUGUUGCGCCGGGACUUCAUACUCACCCAUAAGGCGAAGUACCCCUUGGAUCGGCUCCUGUGUCUCGCCCAGACAUUCGUCAACAUCAAUGUCUUGGGCAACGAAUACGACCCGCAGAUCAUGAAACUCAUCGCCCGAUUGGCUGAAGACGUGACCACUGCCGUUCCCAUAACGCCUGACCCGAUAAACCCGAUGCCCUCCUACGGACAGUCUCACUCUAACGGUGCCGGAAAGGGUCGUUCAGACCAAGAGUUGGCUGAUCAGGGUUAUCGACCGCCGAUCGGCACACCCACUGGUGGUCAGAGUCAGCUCACAGUCACAGGGGCUGGUGGUGGGGGUCAGUUCGCACCCAAAAUGGAUAGUGUUAGGCGUGCGCCCAUAAACCAACAGGGAGGUGGAGGAGGUAUGGGUGGUGGAGGCCUACCAGAUGAUGGCACAAUGAUGUCCUACGACUGGAAACCCAUUCCAGAGAUUCCUCCCGAUUGGACGACUUCACCCCCAGCCAGACGGGCAGUUCAGAGCCAACAGCAGGUUCAAAGCUACGGGUUGGGUGCGGUGCCGACUAGUCAGUCCCACAUUCAGCCGAAUGCACAGUUCGUGGUCGACCCCCAGCUAAUUGGUGGCUUUCCUGUCAGCAAAGGCCAGUCUGUGGCCCACACCUCGCAGUUUACGGGUUGGGUGCGGUGCCGACUAGUCAGUCCCACAUUCAGCCGAAUGCACAGCCAGUCUGUGGCCCACACCUCGCAGUUACCUCCAAUGGUUCAGCAAUCGAUGGCCUCUAUGUUAGUCCCAACCGGUCACAAUUUGGGUCAUAAUAUCGGUGGAAUGGGGUACAACUCUGCUCUGACCACACCUGGGACCCAACCGGGUGUUCAGUCACAGGUGGUCUAUGCGCCGCCCACAGACCAGGGCAAGACUGUCGUUCGCCAAAAUACCGCUCAAACCACAUCUCAAACUCAAUUGAGUGCUCGACCACCACCGGUGACCUCUAAGCCAGAGGUCACGUCUGCAAAGAAAUAUUCCGGAAGGAAAUGGAGAGUCAAUAUUCCGACUCAAAUCCGGUUGGGUACAGGGGCUCAGCAAAAGUGGAUCAAAUCUAAGAGACAAUUGGCGGACGAGGCGGAGGUGGCGGCGGAGGAGGCGGCGUUGAAGCCGCCGGAGAAGAAAAGGACGCGACCCGACAACCGGACCCAAAACCCCACGUACAACGACUCUGUAGGCUUCCUGAAGAAAAAGGCCUUCACUGAUGAAAAUGCGUCGAAAUUUGGUAAAUUGAAAGACAAAUGGGAGAAAUGGGACGGAAGCCAAGCCAUGGAGGGAAUCAAUUAUAAGCGAAAGAAACCGAAGAAGCCUAAGAAGAAGCCUAUGCAAGAGGUAAAGGAAAGUGAUGCCGAGGAAGGAAACGCCGGCAAUGAAGGGGACGCCGAUGAAGAGGACGGCUAUGAAGAGGACGGCUAUGAAGGGAAAGACUAUACAAAGGGAGGAUAUGAAGAGUAA